AUGGAUUUCAAUAUUGGAAUUGAAGAAGCAAUCCCACAUUCCUCUUAUGAUGAAAGCUAUUCCAGACACAGUAGCAAUUGUGAAGAUCCACUCAAUCAUGGUUUGGAUGGGGGAGGCAAUUCAGUUGGUUUUGAUAUGAAAAGUAUUAAUGAAGAUGUGGUCCGGCGACUCAUAUUCGAGAGUAUUGAUGAUGCUGAAUUUUUUUACUCAUCAUACGCCAACUUAGCUGGUUCUAGAAUUCGAAAACAGAGUGUGAAACGUAGCUUCGCCGACCUUAUAAAGUAUAGGGAGUGGGUUUGUACACGUGAGGGGUUUCGCAGACGGCCAAAGGAUGAUAAUAAUAGAAAACGAGAGGCAAAAGCUCUUACUAGAUGUGGUUGCAAAGCUGGCUUACGUGUAGCACAUGAUCGUUUUUCUGGACAUUAUAUUGUGACGGAUUUUGAAUCUUAUCAUAAUCAUGAUUUCCAAGAUUUCAAGAAGAGGCCAUGUCUGGUUAUGGAUUUGUUGAAGCAGCUUGCCAGAGGCGCUGGCAAAAUAUCUUUUACAAAGAAAGAUGGUUAUAAUUGGUUGAACAAGGUACGACAAGAAAGAAUACAAGGAGGCGAUAUCAACACAUUACUAGCCUUAUUUGAGAGUAUGAAAGUAAAAGACGACGGUUUUUUCUAUAAAUACGAGGUGGAUGAAGAAGAUUUUUUGAGAUUGUUGAAGAAAUCAUGCUCAGUUGAUGAGUUUGAGGCACGGUGGGCAAAUAUAGUUGAGAUGCAUGAAGUAGCAGAUAAACAAUGGGUUUUGGAUACAUUUGAAAAGAAAGAAAAGUGGACCGAGGCAUAUUUUCGCGGACAUUUUAUGGCAAUGACAUGGACAACACAAAGGGCUGAGUCAAUGAACUCAUUAAUUAAGCUUGCCGUCGAUCAGAAGAUGACUAUUACAGAGUUUGUGAAGCACUACAAUUGA